CAGCGCACGCCUGCGUAGUGCAGUUAGAGCAAUGUCUCGGGUACUGUAUUUACACCUUAUUUGCGUAAUAUUCGAUAGAAUAUGUGUUUAAAUAUUCAUUAGUGUAUCUGUUUAGUGUUUGUUAUUCAUGAUGCAAGCGUCCCCCAAGCCAAUGAAGGGUCUGGACCCGUACCGCAUGCGGCAGCGGCCGCUCACGGUGGAGGAGAUCGCGGAGAUCGCAGCGCACCUGCACAUCGCGCACCUCACGGAGCUGCAGCGCCUGCGCGACCUGCAGCGCCGCUUCCAGUGGCCGCAGGACAGCGUGCCCUACGUGCCCAAGCCCAGGAAACAGGGCGUCAGAAUGAACAGUCGCCUGGAUCACCUGCCGCUGCCCACGCUGGUCACGUGGCGCCCCGUCGUCGUGCCCAGGAACCUGCAGGAGCUGUUUGAGAAUGUGCCAAGGACGCCCGCGCAGGCGGCGGCGGAGAGCGCGGGCGCGUGGCGCGCGGCGCGCGGCUGGGCGGCCGGCGCGCUGCUGCUGCUCGCCGCGCUCUUCCUCGUGCGGGCCACCGACCGCUUCUUCACUAAGAACUACCUUAGAUGGCGAAGAAGUCGUUCAGAAGAAUGGCCAACACCGAAUGUCUUAGCUACAAGUCAUCGCUCAACAUUCGUCGACAUGGAGUUACCGCCAUACGAGCAGGAGCCAAUCCCCUCAGAGUCCAGCGGAUCGAGCCAAGAGCUACACAGUAACGAUCUACCGCCACCCUACUCAGAAUGCUCCACGAGCGCCAACAAACACAAAUACGAAGAGCCUCCACCUCCAUACUCAGCCUGUUACGUCGAAUUCAGUAAUCCAAAAGAUGGCAUCCCCGCUGUACAUUUCUUCAACAGCCAACGACAAAACAUCUUCCAAGAUCUAGAUGCCGGCACUUCCAGGAGCGACGCGAAUACACGCAACGAUCCAAACGUUACAAAUGAUACAAGCGUCGGAAAUGAAGCAAGUGCCACAAAUGACGCUAAUGCUACAAAUGAUGCAAGUGUAAGAAAUGAAACUCUAAAUGAUACUGGACAGGCGAGUUCCAGCAACGAUCAUGAGAGCAGUGCAGCUAAUGAAGCUGGUAGUAGUACGAGUAGCUGUUCUGAAAAUAUUAGGGCUGGCUCUUCUAAUGUAACAGAGGUGUGUUGAUUUAUGAUCGAGUAAUUGUGAUGAGUAUUGAUAUGAAAAUUAAAUUAAUUUCUUGUAUACCAUUAAAAUGCAGGAUCAUAUUGUAAUGAACUGAUUUACAAAUCUUCGCUCAGAUGGUAUUCAAUUGUAAUGCAGAAUUUACAUACGGUGUGACAGAGAUCAAGAGGCAACAAGAGAAAUUAAUCGACACGUUUCGAUGAGUUUCUAGAAGAGGAAUAGCAGAAUAUCUGACUUGACAUUAAACAUUAUUUAUGGGAUAGUAACUAGCGGAAUCAAAAUGAUUGAUCAAGCAAAAAGUAGAUAACAGAAUACAAACUUGAAACUAUACGUCGGUACUAUGAAUGGAAGUUGAAAAUUCUAGAAUUUUCGAUAAAAAAAAAACACCAAACCUGCAGAAAAUUAAUUUACUAUUCUGCCAUGAUAUUCAUUUAAAAUAAGAAGUUUUGCCAUUAUUAAAGUUUUUAGUUAUUUAAGUCGAUAUAAGUUUUUCUUUGUAUUUAACUGAAUGUAAGCAAAGUCUUUUGAAAAAUAGAUACCUACAUAUUAAGUAAAUUCUUUUAUCUGUCUACUUUGGAUCUCAAAUUCGCUAAGAAUUGUAUCGAAAAUGUGAUAAUCGAGUGAUAAUGAAAUAAUUGGUUGGAGCGGUUACAAUACAGUUAAUAAUAAUAAUUAAUGUAAGUAGUAUUUUUGCUAAUACGAGUAGUGGAAUCAAAUCGAGCGAGUGUGAAUAUUGUUUCGAAUAAUUCAAAGUCUUUGAGUCUACGAAUAAAAGUAGACUUUAUUUAAAAGCCCUUUUGAAUACUAUUAUUGCUUUGUUAUACGUUCAAAUUAUUAUUUAUAUCUCGCUUAACCUUAUUUGGUAAUACUGUAAUCUUGUAAAACUAUGACUUCGGCAACGUUUUCGUUAUAUUAUUUUAUUUUAUUAAUUAUUUUUUUAUAAAAAAUAUGUUUCUCUACUAUGUCCAUACUCGCAGUAUUUGAUAUACAUUUUUGUAGUUUUUAGAACUAUAGAUAGUCUAGACAUUAUUGCACAAAUUUUUUAGUUUAUUUAAAAUUGUUUAUGUAUUUACGUUGAAAGAAGAUAUUUGUGCAUAAAAGAACAGCGAGCAGUGAUUAUUAUUGAAUAGUUAUCGAUUUGAUAUUUAAUUUAAUUUUAAUUUUUUGUUUCAAUGUAAAAAAACAUUUCUAAACUUGUAAUAAUUACAACUCGCUGACAAAUUAAUGACGUUAAAAUUGUAUUUGGUUCAAAAAAUUACGUUUAAAAUGCACGUAUUUACUUAAAGUAAGUUAUUGAGCUUGAUAAACUAAGUAUAUGACUUAAGUAAGUCGUCAAGUUAUCUUAAAUUAAAUAUUUGUGAUUAAGAAUCAUUUCUAGACUUAUCGUGUAUCUUAUACUCCAAAACCAAAGAUAAAUCUAAUAAAUUUAUUUCAAAAUA